UAAAUUGACAAUCAUUAUUUCAGGAUACUAAAAAGAGCAUGGGCAUGACAUACCUAUUACAAGGAGUAAAUGGGAUAAAGUUGCAGCAUGAAGUUAAAUUCUUAAUGACUUUGUACUAUCAUGGCAUAAAUCUCCACAACUAAUUACAAGGAAACUGUGGGAAUCAAUUUCCUGCUUAAGGAAUGUCAAACACUGAAUAGGACUGAUAUUUGAGUUCCUGUUGAUAAUGCAGACUACCAAAGA